AUGUGCGAUUCUCUCCCCGGCGAUGUGCGAUUUGCAGUCGCCCGAUUUACGCAUCACCACUUUCGCAGGGUUUUGUUGAUUCUUUGGUGGGGGUGGAGAUGGUGGUGGGGUGUGUGUGUGUUGCGCGUGUGCUGUUGGGGGGUUGGCGAUGGCUGGAGGCGGUUUUGUGGAUUCUUUGGUGGGGACGGUGUAAACGGAUGCGGUGUAGAUGCUGGCGACGGGAAAUCUGGUGUUACAAUGGCGACUAGGACUGCUAUGAGAUAUGUAUCUCGCAGGCUCUCAAGCAGUGGCCGAGUACUGAGUGAGGAGGAAAAAGCUGCAGAAAAUGUCUACAUCAAGGUAGAGCUGAAUUUUGACACAAGACUAGUUAUUUUCAUUCAACAGAGCUGCGGCAAUUGCUGCAUGUUUGGUUGCAUUUGCAACAUCUUAUUCAUGAUGAUUAACCCUCCCCCUUCCCCCUGA